AUAAAUAUCAUCCAGUGGAGCUGAGGGUUGGGACUACAAAAGAGCGUCCACCGUCUCCCCGUUGUUCACUGGCAUCACUGUUAGCCUCAGCUGCUCAGCCAUGGCCCCCAAGAAAGCUAAGAAGAGGACAGCAGAGGGAGCCAACUCCAAUGUGUUCUCCAUGUUUGAGCAGACUCAGAUCCAGGAGUUUAAAGAGGCCUUCACUAUCAUGGAUCAGAACAGGGACGGCUUCAUCGACAAGAACGACCUGAGGGACACUUUUGCUGCUCUAGGACGUCUCAAUGUGAAACAGGAAGAGAUUGAUGAGAUGCUCAAAGAGGCUCCCGGCCCAAUCAACUUCACCGUCUUCCUCACCAUGUUCGGUGAGAAGCUGAAAGGUGCUGAUCCAGAGGAGACCAUCCUCAACGCGUUUAAAGUCUUUGACCCUGAGGCGAAAGGCUCGCUGAGGAAGGACUAUGUGACACAGAUGCUAACAACGCAAGCAGACCGAUUUUCCCCUGAAGAGAUGGAGCAGAUGUUCGCUGCCUUCCCCCCAGAUGUGGCAGGUAACCUGGAUUACAACAACCUGGUUCACAUCAUCACCCACGGAGAGGAGAAGGACCAGGAGUAAACCUUUAUCAACACCAAAUAGAAAGUGUAUCUUCUGCCCGUACAUGACUUUAACCCGGCCCACUGAAAGAGAUUCUGGCUGUGGGUUAUUCUUACAUAUUUUUCUUUGCUGCGUUGUUUCUGCUCAGUUCUUACUCAGGAGCACAAGACAAAAUGUGCGUUCACAGGCCCCGAAAAUGGACAAUAAACUACAUUACCAAAGUGA